AUGAGCUCUGUUGGGAGUCAGGACUCCAUGGACAGCGUGGAUUAUGCCUACCUUUCGGAUGGCUUUGUGGAAGCGCCCACUCUGACCUCCAAGGAAAUCGAGGAUGCUAGGAAGGAAGCUUUGAAGAUCCUGAAAACCAAUUCCCCAGAAGAGGCCUUGAAGGUUUUCACCGAGGGCUCAGAGGUCAUCAAAGCUGACCUGGCGAGGGAGAAGGCCCACACCCAGGCGAUGCCUCCAAACGGUGCUGAUGCAAAGGCCAACGGCACGGUGCAGCCCCCACCGCCGAAGAACUGA